GUGCAACUUUCCCUCUCACCAGCAUGUCCACCCAACGCAAGGAACCGCGCAAAUACAUCUGUACCUGUCAGAGGUUCUGCCGCGCUCGACUGCCCGAAGGCAAAACAGUUUCAAAGAGCACAUACUACUCACACGCAAAGCAGAGAGAAUUGGAAAAAGGACUCACCGUGGAAGAAUUGCAGAAUGUCGGGGGUAGAACUAGAAGGAAAAGGCAGAGAACUUCGCAUACUCAUCUUCAAUCCACUCUAGGAGAGAUAGAAGGAGCAGACACAAGCCAACACUCCGCCGAGGCGACCCCCAGUAACGAAAUUUUCGGAGAGGGAGUGGAUGUUGGAAUAAGCGGCGUUGGCCUCGACAACGAUACUAGGAAUUCAAGCGACUACGACGACAGAAGUAACGAUGACCUUGACGAUGACCCGGACAGCAUCGAGAACGACUACAGCAAAGCCGCUCCAGCUCGACCAGAUGUAGCACCGGCCAACUUUUUUGUCGAAUCUAGUGUUGACGGCAUACAAGAAAAGAACCUCAGAAGGCUGUAUGCGGCGGAUUGGCAGAGCUUAUCUGAAAAUAAGGGCAAGUCGGCAGAUGAAUUCGAAGCUCAUUGGGACGAUUUUGAACAGAAGAAUAAGGAUGGCCUGGAGGUAAGCUUCAGUUUAUUUAUACUGCGUUUACUCAUUUUUAUUAUAGCGGUAUCAACAGCUGUCGAGGGCAAAGAACUCGGAGAAGGCUACAUCGGCAACAGCAAUGGGGAAGACCACUCGGAACCGAGGAAAAGGCAAGGGAGGACAGUAGGACCAGGUUGAAGAGAAAUCGGUAGGAACGCUAAGCAACCAAAUGACGUCGGAAAUCCGCUGUAAUUCGCUGUAGUCAAUCAAUGUACUGUACAAUCCGGGAAUGUCAAACG